AUGAAUACGAUUCUACCAAUCGGACCAGGUGUGUGGGAACUUCGUGAUCAUCCGGGUGCUAAGCGCUCUCCAACGGUUCGUACAGUCAGUUUAGUAAAAGCAAUUCCAUCAGCUACACAUAUGGCACUUGUCGAAUUAGCUCGACGAAAUCUUCUUCACUUUGUUGUUUCUCAAAACAUCGACGGGAUUCAUCUAAGAUCUGGUUUGCCAUCGUCAUUGAUAUCCGAGGUUCAUGGUAAUUCCAAUUUGGAAAUAUGCAAGAACUGUCACACGAAGUAUUUUCGUGAUUUUCAAACACGAACGGCCAUCAAAGAUCACGAUCAUCAGACCACUCGUAAAUGUACCAACUGUAGUUCGACACUAUACGAUUCGAUCAUCAACUUUGGCGAGAGUAUUUCACCACAAGAAUUCGACGCAAGUUUUGAACAUGCAGAAAAAGCCGAUGUAUGCCUCGUAUUAGGCUCUUCAAUACUCGUUCCACCAGCAGCGUAUGUUCCGCAAAGAGUUAGUGAACGUGGUGGUAAAUUAGCUAUCGGCAAUUUACAAUUGACUUCAUCAGCUUCAUUAGCUCAACUCAAUAUUCACGCCUUAUGCGACGAUCUUAUGCGAGGAUUGAUGGCUAAAUUAGACAUUCCCAUACCCGACUGGGAGCUUCAUCGACGAGUACGUGUUAUCAUUCAAAAACAAAGAAUUAAGAUUAUGGGUCUCGAUGUUGAUCAAGACAUUUCAUAUACACUUUUUUCGGGAGUGAGAAUACGAGUUCGACAAGGAACUUUAUCGAAAUACGAAUCUAAACAGCUAACAGGUCGAGAAUCUAUCGAACAUAAAAUACCGCUCAAUGAUAGUAUUGGCAACAUGGACGUUUACAUUGAAUUGCAUUGGCAAGGCAAUUACAAUGAACCGAUGUAUACGCUUCGAACGCGAUUAACAGAUUCGAUAAAAGACGUACACCUUUUUUAUAAUCCAAAAUUGCGUGUCUGGCGGGAGCAAUAA